AGAUUGUUCACUGUGAUGUUUGUCAUUUGUCAAAACAGAAAAGAUCUCCCUUUCCAGUUAGCACAUCAGUUCAUUCCUCUUUGCUUGGUUUACUACAUGUAGACAUUUGGGGGCCUUUGAGCACCACUUCUUACAAUGGUUUCAACUAUUUCUUAACCAUAGUUGAUGAUUUAAGUAGAUGUGUGUGGACCUAUUUAUUGAAAUCUAAGGAUGAGUCCAGGGGUUUGUUACAGUCUUUCUGUGUCAUGGUGAAAAACCAAUUUAACAAAUCCAUUCAGAUCAUCAGAACAGACCAGGGAAUGGAAUUCCACAUGGAUGAGUUCUAUAGAACUCAUGGGAUUGAACAUCAAAUGAGUGUGGUAUACACUCCACAACAGAAUGGCAGGGUUGAGAGGAAGCACCAACACCUGCUUAAUGUUGCCAGAGCUCUCAAAGUUCAGUCUGGCCUUCCUCUAGCCUAUUGGAGUGAUUUUGUACUCCAUGCUGCCUAUUUAAUCAACAGAAUCCCUACACCAGUUCUAAACAAUCUCAGUCCCUAUGAGAAACUCUAUGGUGUUCCACCAGACUAUAGUAGCUUGAAAGUUUUUGGCUGCUUAGUCUAUGCUUCCACAGCUGGUCCACAUAGAACCAAAUUCUCACCCAGAGCCAAGCAGUGUGUUUUCCUUGGCAUACCUGAUGGGAUCAAGGGUUUCAAACUCCUUGACAUUGACACCAAGAGGGUGUUUUGCUCCAGAGAUGUGAUCUUUCAUGAAAACAUCUUACCAUAUGCCAACCACAGUUCUUCCCCUUCUUCACUUCCAUCACCUAUUCCAACUACAUCACCAACGUUUUCCUUCUUUCCCACACCUUCUUCUAUUCCAAACCCUAAUACAUCUGAUUCUUCUUCUUCUUCUUCAGAUGUUCCAACUCCUGUGAAUCCUCAGUCUGAAGGGGGCACACAGCCUCCAUCUCCCUCUCCUAAAUCACCAAUUCCCUUUGUCAUUCCCUCAAGUCCACCUUCAUCCUCCCCAGAUUUCUCUUUUUCACAUCAAACUCAUCCUGAUGAUUCAAAAAACACACCAAACACCCCUUCUCCUUCUCAUACACCUUCACCAUUUUCUCCUAUUCCAUUAAACAGUCCUGCUCACUCUCCAUCCCAUGUUCAGUUGAGGAGAUUGACUAGGACUGUCAAACCACCCAACUGGCAUGCAGAUUACCAUGUCACUCACCCCAUUCAUAGAGCCCUUUCAUACACUCACCUAUUACCAAAGCAUCAACACUUCAUAAACAGUCUGACCUCACACAAAGAACCAUCAUCUUAUCAAGAAGCAAUGCAGAACCCCCUUUGGGAUAAGGCAGUUCAGGAAGAGUUGAAAGCCCUGAUUGAUAAUGGGACAUGGGAAAUCAAGGAUUUACCAGUUGGUAAGAAGGCAAUAGGCUGCAAAUGGGUUUUCAGGCUGAAACUUCAUUCUGAUGGAUCAAUUGAAAGAUAUAAGGCAAGACUGGUUGCCAAAGGGUAUACUCAGGUUUAUGGCAUUGACUACUGUGACACUUUCUCACCAGUAGCUAAAUUGAGUUCAGUUAAAACCCUACUUGCAGUUGCAGCAUUGCAGAAUUGGCACUUACAUCAGAUGGAUGUAAGCAAUGCCUUUUUGAAUGGUGAUUUGACAGAAGAGGUAUACAUGGAAAUACCUGAUGGUUUGGAUUUGGGAACUGACUACAAAGGCAAAGUCUGCCACUUGAAGAAAUCACUUUAUGGGUUGAAACAGGCAAGCAGACAGUGGUAUACAAAGCUCACUGAAAGCUUGCUGAAGCAUGGAUUUAAGCAAAGUUCCUCAGAUUACUCUAUUUUCACAGCUGAAAUUUUUGGUGCACUAGUUGUGCUCAUUGUGUAUGUUGAUGACAUUCUGAUUGGAAGUGUGAACUUGGAUUCCAUUACAGAGACCAAAAGGAUCUUACAAGGAGAAUUCAAAAUGAAAGAUUUGGGAGAACUGAAAUACUUCCUUGGCCUGGAAGUGACAAGAGGAGUAAAGGGAAUUACUGUUUCUCAGAGAAAAUAUUGCCUAGAACUUCUAACAGAAUCAGGUUUUGAAAAUUGCAAGCCAGCAUCCACUCCAAUUUAUGUUAAGGAAGUGUUGUCUGCUACAGGGGGCAUUCCUUUAGCUGAUGUUGCAAGUUACAAACACUAUGUAGGACAGUUGCAAUACCUAACAACUAUAAGACCAGAUAUAGCAUUUGCUGUGCAGCAGUUGUGCACUUAUCAGGACAAUCCUACAAGUUUACACUUGAGAGCCUUGCAUAGAGUGCUUAGAUACCUCAAAGGGGCACCUGGACAAGGCCUUCUUUAUUCUAAAGACACUAAACUCGAGUUGAAGGGAUUCAGUGAUUCUGACCGGGCUACAUGUCCAGAUACCAGAAAAUCUAUAACUGGAUACUGUACUUUUCUUGGAUCUGGAAUUGUUACAUGGAAGAGCAAAAAGCAGAAGACAGUAUCCAGGUCCUCCUCUGAAGUAGAAUACAGGGCCUUGGCUAGCUUGAGCUGUGAAGUUGAAUGGUUAAUCAGACUAUUCAAAGAUUUUGGAGUAGAACAUCCUCAAGCAGUCAAGGUAUUUUGUGACAAUCAAUCAGCAAUUCACAUUGCUGAAAAUCCGGUGUUCCACGAGAGAACCAAACAUAUAGAUGUGGAUUGUCACGUGAUAAGAGAGAGAGUUCAGUCUGGGUUGAUUGCUCUACAUCAUGUAUCAACUGAUUCUCAACCUGCAGACAUUUUCACCAAGAGCUUAUCUGUGGAUCGCUUUGCAUCUUUGUUGUCCAAGCUGGGAGUAUAUGAUAUAUACUCGCCAGCUUGUGGGAGGGUAAUAGAGAGGCGAGAUGAUCAACCUCCAGGUGAUCCGAGUUGCUCAACAGCAACCAAAGUAUGCAGCUCUGCUCCAGAAAUGAAGAACAAGACGAAGAACAAUGAGCAGAGCAAAACGACUGCGUCUUGCUUCAAGUGCAGCCAGGAACGGUGGCAUUUUCCACCAACAACUUUUAGUUCCGAUUUAACUGUAGAUAGUACACGUGUAUAACAUUCAUUGGUAGUUUCAUUUGUUAGUUUUUGUUAGCCGUUAAACUACAGUAAUUAGACUUUUAAACCUCUGUAUAUAUAUGGUUUUACAUCAAUGGAAAAGAGCUCAGUGAGCAUUUCCCCUAGAUCUGUUACUUCUUAUCAAUCGAGGAGGUUUUCACGGCAAUGGAGGCGAAUUACGAGGCGUGGGUGCAGGGUGGUGUAGCAUUUGUUUUAUAAAUUGUCCAUCCACAGUUCGAAAUUGGGAAAGUGAGGAGAAGCCAAAACCUAGGUAUGGAAAUGCAAUAUCAAACAGAACCCGGGUCGGAUCCGGCAAUUGGGCAACGGCCGAAGCCCAGUUGUCAGCCAGAAGAGUCCGGUAGCUACUGCCAAUUUUGCCCCAACAUACAGCAAUUUAUUAGUAAUAUAAAUAGCAGGCAAGAACGAAAAAUGGCGACAAGCCACGACAGAAGACCAAUUCGGGAGGCAGUAACAAGGAAAACCAGAGGGAGAGAAUGAGUGGGGUUACAGCUUUCCCGCAAAUACUUAGCGCCUUUCUUCCUCAAUCCAGCAGCUCCCUGCCCAAACCAGCCAUCACCGACCCCUGUUCUGGUACAACCAGAGACUCUAUCUAUAUUUUCUCACUUCAUUUUCUUCCUUAGAUGUUCAAUUUUCGUCUGGGUUUCCUUUAAGUUUUGUGAAUUCUGAAUCGGGUAGACUGGAGAAUUUUGGGUUGUUUUGUUUGUGCAAUUUGAUAUGCAGAGGAGAAUGAGAGCAAGAGUGUACUGGAUGCCUUCUUCUUGGGGAAGGCUCUAGCGGAAGUGCUGAACGAGCGGGUUGAAUCCGCCGUCGGCGAGAUUAUGAGUACUAUUGGCGGUCGACGCGGUGGGCGUCGAGGAUGUUGAGGAGGUCGUCGACGUAAGGGUCGAGGGUGGUGUAGCGGUGGAAGUCGAAGUAGUCGCGGUUGACGCUGCCGGCGCAGACAAGGUCGUAGAGGAUGACGGUGGUCACUCUCAGUCAACCCUCAAAUUUAUUUUAUUUAUUAUUUUUUAAUUGCCACGUCAUCGAGUUAACGGUCAACUUUGAGGGUUGACUGCCUCAUCAGACAAAUUUAACGGAGUUGGACGGAGAGUGACCAAAUUUGAACCAUUUAACUAAUUUGAGUGACCAAGGUUGGAUUUAAAUGUUUCUAAUGACCAAACAUGAACGUUUUUUGUAAUCUCAGUGACCAACCAUACAAUUAACCCACCAAAAUUCAUGUAUUUCAAAUUCAAUUAACAGACAGAUUUGAAAAUCAUCCAAAACCAAACUUCUAUCUUCUUACAACAGUAAAAUAGUAAAAAGUUGAUAUUUGUUUUAACAGUAGUUGGAUCUGUGAUUAAAUGCAUUCAGCUAGACAUUUGUUGGAUGCUUGUCUGCCAAAUGUGGGAUAGCUCCAUCCAGGGAAAGCUUACCAAUUACCUGAUGGGUAAUGAAAACUAAAUUGCUUAAAGAGUUAAAGCUCCAUCCUUCCCUUUUCAAAGCUGCUGUCAAAUACCCUGCUCACCCCAAAUUUGGCAUGCAAUAUAGCAAGUAAGACUAACUUCAACCCAUAAAGUUAAAUUUGGCUCCUCAAAUAGCCAAAUAUGGCUUUUUAGCUCCCCAAACCUCAUUUUCACUCCAACCCUACACAAUGCUAAAUUUAGCUUCCUACCUCCUUUUUUCAAUUUAUUACAAUCAAGCAUACUUAUUUGACCUCUAAUUUUCAUAUUUCACUUUAAUUUUCUAUAGUUAGUUAUUACUUUUGAAAACAAAAAUUUUGAUGUAAUAUUUUUUAGGGUAAAUACAAUUUAAUAUCCAAACCUUUCAUUUUAAACAAUAUAAUAGCCAAACAUUUUCGAAAACAAUCUAAUAUCCAAAUCGUCAACUUUCCGUUCGUUUGACCAUUAGUUGACACUUCAAAAAAGUUCGAAGUACGAC